GACAACCAAAGCCCACUGGCCCAGUGGGUUUGCUGUCCACUGGCUUAGUGGGCCGGAUGGUGACGAUGAGCUGAGCUAAUUCAUAGAACACGCGUUUCGUCACUUGCUAGUCGGAAGGAGGCCAGUUGUUCAUACAUGCAGUAUUUUGGCGGCAACGACUCCAAUCAUGCUAGGGUACAGCAAAUCAGCUUGCCAGGUUUUCUCUGAUGCGCCGGAUCGGCUGCAUGGGCACCGGUUUUUGCCGUUUGGGCGUGUCCGGGCUUGCGAAUCAAUUUUAAGCAAGCAAUUGGCAUUGCGAAGAAUGAGUUGAAAUGGCACCAAAGCCACUCAGACACCCAACGCGCAAAGAAGCAGUGACCUUGCCCCAGACUGCACGAUUCACCUAUCUUUCUCAAGUAUCGCAACUAUUGACCAAUGAAGGUCAUUUGGACGAUGCAGCUUACUUUGGAGCGCAGGCUCUGAAGGCUGCUGAUGCUCAGGGGGCCGUAGUGCCGCGCCGGAGCGCGCUGCUGCACUGCGAGGGCUGCGGCGUGUUCCUGUCCCCCGCCUCCUGCGCCGGGGUUGAGUGCGUAGAGCUAAGCCAGCGCAGAAAACGCCGCGCCACGAUGGCGGCGGCCGCGGCGGGCGGCGGGCUGGGCGGGGGCGGCGGGCCGGCGGGCCGGGCCGGCAAUGUGGUAGCUGUGGUGCGCGUGUGUAAGGUGUGCGGCCACCGCAACGCGCAGCCGUUCGCCGCAGUCAAGGCCGCGCAGCAGGUUGCAGAGGCCGAGGCGCGCGCAGUACUGGAGCACCAGCAGCGACAGGGGCAGCAGCAGGGGCAGCCGGGACAGGGGCAGCAGCAGCAGCAGCAGCCGGGACAGGCGAGCGGGCAGGGGCAGCGGCAGUCUGCACCGGCUGACGCGGCUGACGCGCCUGACGCGGAGGGCGGGGGUCACGGCGGCAACGGCGGGACAGGGCCUUCAGCAGCACCCUCCGCGACGGCGCCCGGUCUAGCCCCUGUCUCGGAUCUGAUGACACCAGCCGCGGAGGCUGCUCCGCCGCGACCGGUGGCGCCGGUGGCGGCGUCGGCGGUAGCGGCGGCGGUCAGGUCGGAUGAUGGCGCGCCCAGCAGCAGUGGCGGCCGAGGCGACGUCGAGCUGCAGGGCGGCGCGCAACAGCCGGCCCAGGCACGGCAUCCGGCAGUGGCUGCGGCAGAGGCGGAUGAUGCAGCAGCCCGUGCAGGGGCAGAGGCGACAGCAGCAGGAGCAAAUCGCCCGUCCGCGCUCGAGCCGCUACUGCCAGUGGACCAUGGCGCAGGCGAUAAAAUUGAGGAUAAGGAAGAGGAUGGCGAGAAGGACGAGGACGAGGAGGCCGAGGAGGAGGAAGCGGCGGAGGAGGAGGACGAGGAGGAGCGGCUGGAUGCUGGGGCUGAAGUUACGGUGGCUGCCGGGGCGGCAGCGGGGCAGCAGCCUCGUCCAGAGGUCAUUGGCGAGGAGGGCCCGUCGCACCACCACCAGCAGCAGCAGCAGCCGCCACCCGCACCGUUUGAGGAGGACGAGAGCAUGUCUUCUGAGGAUGAGGAAGUCGAGGAGGGCGGGAGAGGGGAAGUAUCAGGGCGGGGUAGCCAAGAAGGCGGUACGGAGCCGCCGGCUGGGGCUGCGGCGGUGGCAGUGGCGCAUCAGCCGGGGAGGCAUUUGGGAGAACAGGAAGAGCAGCAGCAGCAGCAGCCGCAGCAGCAGCCCCAGCCAGCUGCUAAGCGCCGCAGGCUUGACAGCCACACAGCCACCGCAGCCGCAGCUACCGGAGCCGCCGGUGCCGCCACCGCCGGAGCUGCGGAGAUUGCUGCUGCUGCGUCUCCGCCCGCGGCAUGGCGGCCGCUUGCCGCCCCCGAGCCGCGGCCGCUGGAGGCGCCGCCGGCGGCGCUGCUAUCGCGGGCGAAGCAGCAGCAAAAGAAGCAGGAGUCGCAGCAACCGGCGCAGGCGCAGGUGCACAAGCACACGCGGCACGAGCAGAUGCAGGUGCAGCCUGUGGGGCAGCUGCCGGCGCCGGAUGGGCCGCUGGCAGGCAGCAGCGGGCGGCCUGGGGCCACCGCAGCCGCAGCCACGGCUCACCCCGCCUGGCUGCCGGCCGGCCACGUGGUGGCCUCCGCCAUCCUGCCGCGGCUGCCCGUGGAGCGAGCGGACGGCGUGCUGGUGUACGAGGCGCCGUACGCGCCGGGCAUGUUUGACCUGCGGCCGGUGAUCGAGCCGCAGUGGCCGCGCCUGCUGCACCAGCCGCGACUGCGCCGCCGCGUGCUCAAGGACCGCGCGCUGUGGGCCGCGCACGCCGCGCGCUUCGGCCCGCCGGCGCCGCCGCCGCCGCGGCGCUCAGCAGAGCCUCCCGGGCGCAGGCAGAAGGAGCGCAGGCAGGAAGCCAGGCAGGGACGGCGGCAGGAGGUGGCGGGGGUUGUGUGGGAGGAGGGGGGCGACGAGGAGCAGGAGGAGGGUGCCUGUGCGCUGCCGGGCUGGGGCGUCGGGGACGGCGAGGACUGGGGCCCUGAUGAGGGCGAGGACGAGGACGUGGACGAGGAGGACGCCGAGGAGUACGACGGGCGCGACGACGCAGAAGGUGAUCAGGACGAUUCAGAGGAGGCCAUGGAUGAGGCGGAGGUGCGGCGGCUGCGGCGGCAGCUGCUCGGCGAGGGCGCAGGGGACGGGGGCGGCUCCGAUGAAGAGGAUGAGGAGGAGGAGGAAGACGCGGAGGGCAGCGAGGAGGAAGAGGAGGAGGAGGAGGAGGAGGAGGAAGGGCGUGGCAGCCGACCGCUGGAGUGGCCGGCUGCAGCGCGCGGCGGCCGCGGGCGAUCGGCUGGCGCACAGCGGCAGUCGCAUCAGCCGGUUAAGCCACCAUCCACGACAUCAUCCGCAAAACAACUUGUACGACAGGAGCAGCAGAAGCAGAAGCUGCCACGACCGUUGGCGGCAGCAGCGGGAGCCCCAGCGGCGGCGGCGACGCCGGCAAUGGCUGCGCAGGCACGGCUGCCGGCGGCGUUGAGGGCGAUGCAGGCUGCGGGCUGGCCGGCGGGAGGCGGGUCCGAGGACGAGGAUGACGAGGGCGACAGGGGCCAGCAGCAGCUGAGGCGGCCCAAGCAGGAGCGACACCAGGCGCGCGCACAGACGCAGCCGCAAAAGCACAAGCAGAGGCAUAAGCAGGCCAGUCGCGCUGCAUCAGCUGCGGAUCGCGAGGGCACAUCGGCGGCUGCAGGCCCUUCUGCUGCGGUUGUGCGGGCUGCUGUGCCUCGGGACGGCAAGAUAGCGCCGGGUAGCAGCUCGGGCCUGAACCUGAAUGCGCUGGCGCGGGCGACGCAGCCGCGACAGCCGCAGGUGGCGACGGUGGCGGUGGCCGCGACGCAGGCAAAGAAGCGAAAGCCACAGCCGCAACAUGAGCACCCGUCGCCUGGCAAGGUCCGCCGGCGAGUAUAGCUUGUUAAAGCAAUGUGUGACAACGGAAAGGAAAUAGGCAUGAGGGUAGCUGUCGUUGGGACUGUGACCGUCAAGGCUCUGUGUGCUGGAAGAAGGGAUUUAGCAGGGACAAUGGGUGUUGCUUGAUCUGUAAUGUCUUGCAUAACGAUUGUUUCGACGAUGUGUGAGGAGAGGGGUGUUGCGCGGUUGUGCGCUGGCCCUCGCUGGCUGUCGGGGACGUGCCAGAAGCGGGGUGUCUGUCAGCGGCCCCUUCGGCAUGCGCACGAUCGUGCACAUCGAGCGCCCGGCACAAUCCUAGUUAUAUUCAUAGAAGGUGGGGGUUUUAGAAGUGGCGAGCACGCAGGGAGAGAGAGUUCGCGCCCCGAAGCGCCCUGUCAAGUCAGGAAGGGGCAGAACCAAAACCUCCAACGCCCGUUUUGGUACCAGGGUUAAAGCGAGGCAGGUGUAACAGAAGUCAGGC